AUGGACUUCAGCUUCUGGGCCACACACAAAGUCUGUCCAGGAGGCCCUGGAGGUCAUACUUCCAUCCUUGGCUGGAUACGUUUUAAUUUUUCAUGCACCAUCUCUGCCUCCAAAUACCUUUUCAAACUCAGACUUGGACCCCUCGUGUUUCUCAGCAGCAUCCUGCAGUGCACAGUGGGCCAUGCUCGGUGGUGGCUGAACAGACCCUUCGAUGACCAGGGCAACGGCAGCAAAUCUGCCCCGGCAGCAGCUGCGAUGGGUGAGGUGCUGUUACUCCUGUUCCACUUCUCCCUCCAGGCCCCCCAGCCAGCCGUGAAGACCUGCCUGAGCUGCGAGGCCUCGCUGUGCCGAGCCCACUGCAGCAAGCACAGCACAAACAGCCUCCUGAAAGACCACGUCCUGAUAGAGCCCUGUGAUGCUCAUCUUUUGGCUGAGAGGAGGUGCCCCCAGCACGGCAAACUGCUGGAGGGCUACUGCAGGACGGACUCGGUCUGCAUCUGUGUGCUGUGCUGUGUCGCUGGCCCCCACAGGAAACACAAGAUCGACACUUUGGAGGAGGCUUUUGGCCAGGCGCAGAGUGUUUUUCCUGAAACUCUGGAAACAGCGAAAGAACAUGAAGCUGCACUGAAUCAAAGCAUAGCAAAUCUGCUGAAACAAGAGGAGGACGUAAAGGCUAAGGAGAGCCUCCUGAGGGAUCAGCUGGAGAGCCUCUUCAAAGAGAUGUGUCUGCAGCUAGAUAACAAAAAAAGAGAGGUCCUGAAAGCUCUCAGUCACCACGAGGAGCAACAGCUUUCUCAGAUUCAGAUGGAGGUACAAAAACACAAAGAGGAGAAGGAUGCAGCCAGCUGCAAUGUACAGGAGCUGGAGGCUCUGAGAGAUCAGAAAGACCUACUUCUUUUCACGAAGAGUUUUGCAAUGAUUCGAGCCAGGAAACGCAAGCAACUUACUAACAAAGAUGGUGUAGAACUGCCAAGGCCACCCGUUAUUUUGGAUAAAUUAACAACAGACACUACUCUAAGGCUUUUCCGGCAAUUCCUCUCAGACAUGCAGUCCUUAUUUGAAGUACCACCUGUUCAGGAACACCUGACUUCAGUGCAUCAAGGAACUAUAUACCCUUAUAAUGCCAACGUAGUCAGUCAAACAAUGAUCACAGCAAAGGACUUUCCUACAGCCCUCAAAGUGGUCAGGGUGGAGCUAGACUGCAGAAGAAAUACACUGUCAUUUUAUAAUGUGUCUGUCAAGGAUAGAGAUGCUACUGAGAGCCUCAGGCUUUUAGAGGCAGUAAGCAUCCCUUCGAACUAUCCUGCCUAUGCUAUCUUCGGCGUGCUUGACGGCUCUUUGAAGCUCCUGUAG